AUGGCGUCACCACUGGUGAUUGCUGUGCAGCCCCGCGCUAAAUCGGAAUAUAAUAUCCAGGAUAUCGCUCGAGUGGGCAAUGUAUUGAUCAAGGCAUCCAAUGCUUCGGAAGCGAUAGAUUUCAUCAAUACGAAUUCCGUCCUCCUCGAUGUCUACGUUGAUGCCACCGAUAUCGGCGCCGCCGAUGCAGUGGAAGUUCUCAAUGCCGGCGCUUCGAAGAUAUUCCUGACCACAAAACAAUUGAUUUCACUUACCGAAGAGAAUGAGAUUCCGUCAUCAAGAUUAGUCGCAUAUGUAACUUCGGACGAAGACUCGACAGAGCUGCGCAGUUGGCUGGCAAACGCCCCCGAGUCCCAGAAUGUGGGCGUCUGUUCAACGGCAAGCGCCACUGAACUCUUCGAGAAAUUCGGCUUUCCCAAGGAUGGCGGUCAAGUUUACAGACUCUUUGGAGAGAAUGUGAAUGAAGCGGCCGUUAUUGAAGAUGUCACUCACGGUGUCGUCGCAAUUGUGCCGUCUACCCAGUUUUCGAUCAUGCCUACAGCGGACGGAAAGGUCUCUGCGUCAAACGUCCUAGCUAGCCGUGCUGUGCCUGAUGCAAACACUGGACUUAUUGCCACGUUGGUGGUUGAUGAGAGGGGAAUAUCAUUAGGAUUCGUGUGGAGUAGCAAGGAGAGCUUGCGGGAAGCCUUGAAGACAGGCACUGGAGUCUAUCAGUCCCGAAAGCGUGGUCUUUGGUAUAAGGGUCAGACUAGUGGAGAUACACAAGAGCUUUUGAGUAUCGGAUUUGACUGCGAUGCGGACUGCAUGGUCUUCAAAGUCAAACAACUUGGCCGAGGGUUCUGUCACCUUGGAACAAACACCUGUUUUGGAAAAUACCAAGGUCUUGCUAGCUUACAGAAGACUUUGCAAUCCCGCAAAGAAAGCGCCCCCCCUGGAUCAUAUACAGCACGCUUGUUCAACGACCCCAAACUCGUUGAAGCCAAGAUCAUGGAAGAGGCAGAGGAAUUGUGCCAGGCGACAACUAAGAGUGAAGUUGCGUCUGAAGCUGCUGACUUGAUUUACUUUGCUCUUACCCGAUGUGUUGCCGCCGGCGUAAGCCUAGAGGAUAUUGAGAGGAACCUAGACAUGAAGAACUUCAAGGUUAAGCGUCGCAAAGGUGAUGCUAAACCUCGUUGGGCUGAGAAGGUUGGCUUGAACAAGACAGAGAAGGCUCCAGAGCCCACCCCUGCACCUGUGGUAGCUCCCAAAUCCGACCGAAUUGAAAUGAAACGUAUUCACACAUCAAACACACCGAUCAGCGUUAUUAAAGACGCUCUACAACGUCCUUCUCAAAAGUCCAAUGAAGCUAUAGUUGAACUUGUGAAACCUAUCAUCGCCGACGUUCGCGCGAACGGAGAUGCUGGUGUUCUGAAAUACACCCACAAAUUUGAGAAGGCUACAUCACUGACGUCGCCAGUCAUCAAGGCUCCAUUCCCCGAGCAUUUGAUGCAAUUGUCGUCUGAUACAAUCAAGGCAAUCGACGUGAGCUUUGAAAAUAUCAAGAAGUUCCACUCAGCACAGAAAGAUGACAAGCCACUUGUUGUUGAGACUAUGCCCGGUGUAGUUUGCUCUCGUUUCUCGCGCCCUAUUGAACGUGUAGGUCUCUAUAUUCCCGGUGGUACCGCUGUCCUUCCCUCGACUGCCCUCAUGCUUGGUGUCCCCGCCAUGGUAGCCGGCUGCAAGAGGAUUGUUCUCGCUUCCCCUCCUCGCUCAGAUGGUAGCAUCUCUCCAGAAAUUGUGUACGCUGCUCACAAGUGUGGUGCCGAGAGCAUUGUUCUUGCCGGUGGUGCCCAGGCUGUUGCAGCCAUGGCUUACGGCACCGAGAGCAUCACCAAGGUCGACAAGAUCCUUGGCCCUGGUAACCAGUUCGUGACUGCCGCGAAGAUGAUGGUGUCGAACGACACCUCUGCCGGUGUCAGCAUUGAUAUGCCUGCUGGGCCCAGUGAAGUGCUCGUUAUCGCCGAUAAGAAAGCGAACCCAGCAUUCGUCGCAUCUGAUCUUUUGAGUCAAGCGGAGCAUGGUGUUGACUCGCAGGUCAUUCUUAUUGCUGUCGAUCUUGACGACAAAGAAUUGGCUGCCAUCGACGAGGAAGUACACCAGCAAGCAAACGCUCUCCCGCGAGUAGAUAUUGUGCGUGGGUCGAUUGAACAUUCCGUCACUUUUGUUGUCAAGACACUCGAGGAGGCCAUGAACCUCAGCAACGAGUAUGCUCCAGAGCAUUUGAUCUUGCAGCUUGAGAACGCCGAGGAGGUUGUUCCCCUCGUCGAAAACGCAGGAAGCGUUUUCAUCGGCCAGUGGACUCCUGAGAGUGUAGGAGAUUAUUCUGCAGGUGUCAAUCACUCUCUUCCCACAUACGGAUACGCAAAGCAGUACUCUGGCGUAAACCUAGGUUCUUUCGUGAAACACAUUACCUCAUCGAACUUGUCGCCCGAAGGUCUUCGCAAUGUGUCAAGCGCUGUUAUGCAACUCGCCGCUGUAGAGGGAUUGGAUGCCCACAAGCGAGCUGUUAGCAUCCGUAUGGAUGUUAUCAACAAGUCCUAG